AUGCCCUCCCUUCAUCAGGGUCGUAUCGACCAACAGUCGUCAUGCGCUCCUCAACCUUUCACUGUUGUGGCUGUCUCGCGCUCGCGGGUAGUCAGUCAAAUGGUACAUUCCCAGCCAACCUUGACAGCGAUCGUCCGAUCUCCGUCCACUACACCGUUAAUUCUUACCCCCGAGUACGGCAUCGAGGGACACAAGUCUGCUGUACACGAUCCGCAGGUGUAUGCCUUUUUCUCAAAACAUUACGAUUACUGGACCGCACGUCUAAAUAUCGAGCGGUCUCAAUGGGACUGGGCCUUUUGGGGAGAGAAUUUGACACUAGAUGUGCCUGAAGGCAUCGACGAGAGCAACAUCAUGCUCGGGGAUCGUUGGGUGUUCUCGAGCCCUUCACACAAGGGAAAGAGGCAUGUGGACAGUACCGACGACGAACGUUUAGCAAUGGGAGACGAAUCGGUCGUCCUCGAAGUUUGCGGUGGGCGGAGCCCGUGUUCACGGCUCGCGUGGCGAUGUGGACAGCCGGCCAGCUGGCUGACUGAGGCUGCGAGGACAGGGUUCUGCGGCGUGUACCUGAAGGUCGUGGGCGGAGGCUCGACAUCCCCCGGCGACACGGUAACAGUCAUCACAACCAAGAGCAAACAGACUGCUCCUGUGGCGACCAUUGCCCAGUGUUUGUUUGCGCCGCUCACAGACCCCAACACCCGCAAAAUGGCGCAGCGCAUUCUGCGCGUGGAGGGCCUCCAGAACAUGAACAAGAAGACCGUUGCGCGCAGGCUGGCGAUGAUCGAGGAUGCCGAAGCAGCGGGGCGGAAUCGGUGGCGCGGAUGGCGGACGCUCAAGGUGACCAGGGUGGUUGAUGAGUGUCCGCUCGUAAAGUCAUUCCACCUCGCCCCAGUCGAUGACAAGCCCUUGGCAGAUUAUGUCCCAGGACAGUACCUCACGAUUAAGCUUCCAUCCGGCCAGAUUCGCUGCUGGUCCAUCUCUUCCUGGUCCCCCGCCACAACGACCUCAGUCCCGCCCUCCUACCGCAUCACAGUCAAGCGGGGACCAUCUGCCUCACUUUACCUUCACUCCGAAGUCCGUGCUGGUGACAUUAUCUUGGCACGCUCCCCGUCUGGAGCCUUUGUCCCUGAUUGGGCAAAAGGAACCCCAAGCCGACAGGUCUACAUCAGUGCUGGAAUCGGCGUGACACCGAUUCUAACCAUGCUCCAAGCUCAUCUUGCCCAUCCAACCUUGAGCAAGACACAAGCUGUCUUGAUCCACGUCAGCCGAAACAGUGAGGAGGAGGUCCCACUACUGAAAUCCGAGAUUGCGGCUUCUUCGUUCCUCCGUACGAUCACAUUCUACACUGCGCCGAUACCCGGCGUGGAUGUCAGAGGCAGAGACUACGAUCACGAGGGAAGGCCGACAUUUGAACAACUAGCCCCCAUAUUGGGAGAGUCGUACUACAUCGAUCCACUGGGAGUCACUCCGAUCGAGUUGCCAGGUCACGCGUCCAAUGCUUACAUAUGUGGAUCGCGGUCAUUCGUUGAGGAUAUGAGAACCUCCCUUGAACAGUGCAACGUCCCAACGAACGCCAUUCGUCAAGAAACCUUCACAUACGGGUCCCCCCCCUCUUCGGUGGGAAACGAAAUCUCAGGCACGGACGGCUUGGAUCUCCCUGACGAAGCGACUGUGCGAUUCCGGGGAAAUGAGGUCAGCUGGGAGAAGGGUGACGGUCUCUCGCUGCUGGAGCUCAUGGAGCAAGAGGGGAGAGGCGAAAAUCCUGAGUCAGCAUGUCGCGUGGGAGAAUGUGGGACUUGUUAG